CCCUGGGUUUAGUGGUGACCUGAGGCCUGCCGGUGUGGGCCGUUUUUUUUCUUCCACAGACCUUGUUGGACAGAAAAUGGAGUGUGUGCCUUUAAGGCGCCCGACUGCCUGUCGCUUUGUGCUGCGCAGAGACUGACGCCCUCUGGACACAGUGGACGCUGGAGCGGCGGCGGCGGCAGCGAGAGGACACACCAUCCUGGAGAAGUUCAAAGAGAACACAACCGCAAAUCCCUCUGGUCAAAAAAAACGAGAAGCCCCCAGCCCCUGAAGAGCGUCGUGUUGUCCCAGUGCUGUGCUGGUGAGCCGUCAGGAUGAGGCCUGGUCAGCUGAUCGUCCCCACCGCCACCGCUGCGCUCCUCCUCCUCCUAUCGGGACUGUCUCUGACCUCCGGCUGCAACAAAGCCCUGUGUGCGAGCGACGUCAGCAAGUGUCUCAUCCAGGAGCUGUGUCAGUGUCGUCCGUCUGAUGGGAACUGUUCCUGCUGUAAAGAGUGUAUGCUGUGUUUGGGGAAUCUGUGGGAAGAGUGCUGUGACUGUGUGGGGAUGUGUAACCCCAAGAACUACAGCGACUCCCCUGCCACGUCGAAGAGCACCGUGGAGGAGCUGCACCGUCCGAUCCCCUCCCUGUUCCGCGCCCUCACAGAAGGAGAUGCUCCCAUUAACAUGAUGGUGGUGUCCUUCCCCGUUGCAGAGGAACUGUCCCAUCACGAGAACCUCGUGUCCUUCCUGGAGUCACUGGACAACCAGCCCCAGAAUGUGUCGGUGCCAGGAAACAGCAUCCAUGCCAGCUAUGACACUCAAGAGAACAUGUGCACAGUGGUCUACUUCGACGACUGCGUGUCUAUCCGUCAGUGUAAACAAUACUGCGAGUCAAUGGGAGGAUCCAAGUACCGCUGGUUUCACAACGCCUGCUGCCAGUGCAUCGGGCCUGAAUGUGUGGACUACGGCAGCAAGGCUGUGAAGUGCAUGAACUGUCUCUUCUGAAGUGUGGGCACAUAUUGGUACCAAAUGUCUGGACCAUACCAGCGGACUGAGGGCAGAGAAAUUCUGACUGUUGUGUGUUAGCAUUCCUCAGUUACCUUGUAAAAUACACCCUCUGACCCCCCUUAACCCAUGCAAAUUGUUUUUAUUCUGCUGUCCUGUUUCACUGUAUAUUUUUUAGAUAUGUUUUCAAUAGUGUUUUUUACUAGAGGUGUAUAUGUAUAAUGUAUUUUUACAAUUAUGAUAUACAAAAUUCCAGUCUCAUACCAAAUAAAGAAAAUUUGGUGUUAUAGAAUGUUUUGUCUGAUAUAAGUCACCACAAGUUUCAAAUGAUUUUGUACAAAAUUGCUCUGUAUGAAUGGAAUAGUAAAUGUUUGUUUUCCCUGUU